UCCUCAUUGGCCAUAUCUCUCGUCUCUUAAUACUCUCUCCAGCUGAUUCCAUCUCAAAAUUUCCGGCGAAAAUCACCAAAUUCACCACCACAACCGCCGCCACAGCCCCCGUUUCUUCCUUGUUCUCGGCCGACUGAUCAGCACAUCACAUCCCCGCUGCUGCCGCCGCCGUGGAAAUUUGCUCGCCGCCCUCUUUUCAGCCCCAACUCAACAACACCAAGAAGCUGUAAAUCCUAUCUGUUCAUCAGCUCAUGAGCUGAAGUGAAGGUGUUUCAGUAAGAUGCAUUAAUGAGAUUUUGUAUAAUACGUUACCGCGAGGACUCGGGACACCUUCUGGAUUCUUAGUCAUUUAGUGCGUGUUUGUGUCUUUCCAAGUUGACUCGAUGGAUACAGUAUUGUCCUCUUUCGAAACUGUUGUUAAGUCCGUCACGGAUUGGGUUGCUUUGGCUUUUGAUACCCCAUAUGCUCGAUCGGUUGUCUUUGGAGUGCCAAUCAAAGGCCAUCUUCUUGUGGAAGGUCUUCUCUUAGUUGUAAUUCUUUUUCUUAUGACCCAAAAAAGUUACAAGCCUCCAAAAAGACCAUUGACAAAGAAGGAAGUAGAUGAAUUAUGUGAUGAAUGGGUCCCAGAACCCUUAAUUCCCUCUAUUUCUGAAGAGAUGAAGUAUGAACCUCCAGUAUUAGAAAGUGCUGCUGGACCACAUGCUGUAGUUAAUGGUGUUGAAGUCGUGAACUUCACAUCAGCAAAUUACCUUGGUCUUCUAGGGCACGAUAAACUGCAAGAGUCAUGUACCAAGGCACUGGAAAAGUAUGGUGUUGGUUCUUGUGGUCCUCGUGGAUUUUAUGGGACAAUUGAUGUGCACCUUGAUUGCGAGGCCAGAAUAGCAAAGUUUCUUGGAACUUCUGAUUCGAUACUUUAUUCAUAUGGACUUUCCACGAUGUUUAGCAUCAUUCCAGCAUUUUGUAAGAAGGGUGACGUCGUUGUUGUAGAUGAGGGUGUCCACUGGGGAAUUCAGAAUGGCCUUCACCUCUCUAGAAGUACGAUUAUAUAUUUCAAACACAAUGAUAUGAAGUCCUUACAGAGUAUUCUGGAAAGUGUUACCCAUGAGAACAAAAGAGCUAAGAAGGUCAGACGGUAUAUCGUUGUAGAAGCUGUCUAUCAGAAUUCUGGUCAAAUUGCUCCAUUGGACGAAAUAAUCAAACUGAAGGAGCAAUAUCGAUUCCGUGUUAUACUAGAUGAAAGCAAUUCUAUAGGAGUUCUUGGAAGUUCCGGUAGAGGUCUCACUGAACAUUGCAAAAUUCCAGUUGAGAAGAUAGAUAUCGUCUCUGCUGCGAUGGGACAUGCGUUGGCCACUGAAGGAGGGUUUUGCACUGGAAGUGCCAGAGUGAUUGAUCACCAGCGUCUCAGUAGCUCCGGUUACGUGUUCUCUGCUUCUUUGCCUCCUUAUCUGGCGAGUGCUGCAAUCACCGCCAUUGAUGUUCUUGAAGAAAAUCCUAAUCUUAUCACCAAGUUGAGAGAGAACAUAGCAUCUCUCCAUAAAGGUUUAUCUGGUGUACAAGGCCUUGAGAUAGUCAGUGAUCCAAAAUCGCCCAUCGUUUUUCUGAAACUGAAGAACUCCACAGGAUUCGCCAGGGGUGAUCUUCAAGUGCUUGAAGAUCUUGCCAAUCAUCUAUUGAAGGAACAUGGCGUUUUCGUUGCACCUUCGAAAAGAUCGAUACUGGACAAAUGCAAGCUGCCUGCUGGAAUUAGGUUAUAUGUGUCGGCUGGUCAUACAAAAACGGAUCUGGAUAAAGCAUGUGAAGCAUUCAAGCAAGCUGCAGCCCUUGUAUUGGCAGGCCAAUGACUCCAUUUUCCUGAAUGCUUCAGUUGUUGGAGCCUCGAGACAAUGAUGAAGUCGCUUAAACGCGCCCACCGGGAUCAUUAGUGACAAACUAACUUUGGUAUAUCGUCGUUAGAUUGCUUCUUCUUGGCUUGCUCAUGUGUUGAAAAAACAUAAGUCUGCUGGGAUCUCUAGAUAGCUUUUUGGUCAAAUUAUGGUGUUGUAAUGUUCUUAACAUAAUUAUUGGGAUUGUUUCAUAUGGGGAAAGAGAUGCUGACUUUUUUGAUGUGUUA